AUGUCUUCUCUUCCUCAGACUUACAAGGCUUGCGUCCUCGACAAAGCCAACGCAUCAUGGAAUCUCAGCGACGUCCCCCUCAAACACCCCUCCAAAGGCCAAAUCCUCGCCAAGGUCCUCGCCUGCGGCGUCUGCUUCUCUGACGUCGCCACUGGCGCUGGCCACAUGGGCGAUGUCUUCCCCCGUGUUCCAGGCCAUGAGAUCAUCGGCGACGUGGUCGAAGUCGGCGAAGGCGUUGAGAACUUCAAGAACGGCGACCGUGUAGGUGGACCCUGGCACGGAGGCCAUGACCGAACUUGCCGACAGUGCCAGCGCGCCCAGUUCCAGAUGUGCGAUAACAAGGCGAUUAACGGUGUCAGCCAGGAUGGUGGGUUUGCCGAGUAUGUGCUCUUGAGAGCGGAGGCUGUUGUUCGUGUCCCGAAGGAGUUGGAUCCUGCUGAGGCUGCUCCUCUUCUCUGCGCUGGUGUCACUGUCUUUAAUGGCAUCCGAAAGUUGCAUGUUGAGCAGGGAAACCUCGUUGCGAUUCAGGGUCUCGGUGGUCUUGGCCAUCUUGCUGUUCAAUACGCCAAUAAGAUGGGCUAUGAAGUCGCUGUUCUUUCAUCAGGCGAUGAUAAGGCAGACUUUGCCAAGCAACUCGGCGCCCAUCACUAUAUCAACACCAAGAAGAGCGACGCAGCUGAAGAGCUCACCAAGCUUGGUGGUGCCGCCAUCAUUGUGCAAACAGCACCCAACCCCAAGGCCGUGGCACCACUCGUCAAUGGCCUCGCUGUUGAGGGCAAGCUACUUAGCCUUGCACCUGUUGGGCCAGCAGAGAUUGAUACGGUGCCGCUAGUCAUGAAGGGCGCGAGUGUUGUUGGCUGGCCUAGUGGUCAUGCACUUGAUAGCGAGGAGGCUCUUCGAUUCUCCAUGCUUCACGGAGUGAAGUGUAUGAUUGAGAAGUAUCCUUUGGAUAAGGUACAGGAUGCGGUGGAGAGUCUUCAAGCUGGAAAGCCUCGAUUCAGGAAUGUCUUGGUUAUGCAGUAA